AUGAACAGCAGUUUUAUUAUGCCACUUGUCAGAUAGGGUAUAUUUGCCAACUGAGCCAGGGUCCGUUGUAAUUUUCAUACUAGCCAUUAAAAUGAUUAGACUAUUAUCUCAGCAGGCUGUGACACCUCUUUACCUCUUUAAUCACUCCCAUUGCUAGUUUUCUACAGUGUAACCAUAACUGAGAAGAUGGGCGGCUGUAGCUCUCAGAGCUGCCACCGCUGUUUCUUUGAAUAUGAAACAGAAAGAAUGAUUGUGGUAAAGAGCAAAGUAGUGGGAUCCGUCUUCAGAUUAAUCCAGUUUUUGAUCCUCUUUUAUGUGAUUGGGUAUGUCUGUGUGGUGCAAAAGUCCUACCAGGAAACAGACUCAGUGAUCAGUUCUGUCACAACCAAGGUGAAGGGCACUGGCUUCACCAACACCUCAGAUCUGGGUGGCCGUGUGUGGGAUGUGGCUGAUUACAACAUCCCCCCUCAGGGUGAGAGUUCUUUCUUUGUGUUGACCAACAUGAUUGUCACCCCCAAUCAAACUCAAUCGACCUGUCCCGAGCUCCCAAACCAAUCCACCAUUUGCAUGUCAGACAGUGACUGCUUAGAGGGAUCCAAUGAUGUUCGUGGAAACGGAAUCCAGACAGGGCUAUGCAUGAACUAUUCAGAGACUGUCAAAACAUGUGAAGUGCUAUCUUGGUGUCCUCUUGAAAUAGACAUCAACUUACCCGAACAUGCACUGCUGGUUGCAGCAGAGGACUUCACGGUGCUAAUCAAAAACAGUGUGACAUACCCCAAAUUCAACUUUCACAAAAGAAACAUUUUGCCUGAUGUUAACUCCUCCUAUCUGAAACAAUGUGAAUUCAAUCGCAAAACAGACCCUGACUGUCCCAUCUUCCGCCUUAAAGACAUGGUCUCUGAAGCUGAGGAGGACUUUCAGACCAUGGCAACCAGGGGUGGUGUUCUUGGGAUUAUGAUUGACUGGAACUGUGACCUGGACUGGCCUGAACAUUACUGUGGCCCUAAGUACUCCUUCCGCAGGCUAGACAACAAAAUCCCUGAAAACAACGUGGCCCCUGGAUACAACUUCAGGUUUGCCAAGUACUACAAAACCACAGAUGGUAGGGAAACAAGAACCUUGAUCAAAGCAUAUGGAAUCCGAUUUGAUGUCAUUGUUUUUGGAACGGCAGGUAAAUUCAACAUGGUUCCGACCAUAGUGAAUGUAGGUGCAGCGCUAACGUUUCUCUCUUUGGUGAAUGCAGUUUGUAGCUGGUUUCUCCUGACAUGCACAAAGAGAAGAGACUACUACAGCAAACACAAAUUCACAUAUCUGGAUAACACUGAUGACAAUGCUGGUGAACCUCUGGGAGAAACAACGUAUGGGACCCAGUAGAUCCUGCACAGAGAAGUAGUCAUUUCAUAUUGUGGGGGAAUGUUGAAGCCAUCUUUUGUCCAGACCUCUAGCCAUCUCCAGCCCCUGCCCCCUAAACAUCAUACAUGGGGCAUGUACUGAUAUUUCCUAAUAUUCCAGAUUAAGCCUCGUCAACUGUGAAGUGUAUAAUCUGUUAUAAGAUACC